AUGCGGCUGACUUAUCGAGUCUGUCUGUUUAUUAAAAGAGAAAUCGAUGAUGAAGUUACUAUAAAUCUCGAUAUAAUUGACGAUAUGAUUGAAAAGAUAUCAAAAGGCAACUUAAAAUUCGAAGUAGCGAUAUCAAGUGUUAAGCAGAACUUUGACAUAGAUAUUGCUGCUUUCCAGUGGAGCGGUAAACAACAAAGAGAACAAAAAGAUAGAUAUUUACCUCAUCCCAGGAAUAUAUUUAAAAUUUCCAAACGUCACUCACUUGAUCUUUAUGAUAUAACUGAUGAUAAAAACUUUCCUGGCACAACAGAUGCAAUUAUGGAAGAUAUAUAUCAAGCUAUGGCAAAAUUAACUACGUCAGAUUUAAAACCUAAAUAUACUGUGUUGACAGUAUUAAUUAAUUUGGUAGACGAUUGGCAGAUUUUCUGUUCUGGUAUAUGUAGUUCCUAUGGAAGAUUUUUUGAUACUAUGACCGAAGAAGAAUAUUAA